ACUCUCAGUGCCUUGAGUAUUUAGACUCCAUCCCACGCUGUCAACGUGGGAAUCCCCUCCCUUGGCCCCUUUAAUUUUUCCCCAGUCAGAUCGAAUAUAAACAGAACGGUGACAUUUUCUGGGCAAUCAACAAAACUCCAAAAUUAUCCUUUUUCCCCCAAAAUGACCUUUUGUAACAUUUGUCCUGCAAUGAUCUACAGUAGACGUAGAUCAGCCACUUCACCCAAAAGAGAAGAUCAUGCUUCCACUCUCUUAUUCUUCAGUGCUCAGGUUAUCAUCUGUUUGGUCUUCCACUCCGUUCACCAGUCCUCGUUCUCACUUGCAAUUUUAUCGUUUUCGAUAUUCGAAUUUCUUCAAAACCUUUAAAACCACUGAUUCUCGACGAACCUUCGCGAUCAUGGCUGGCAGCGAAGAAUUUGUUAAGGGAAAUGUCUUCCCCAGUGGCGUCGCAGUUACCACCCUCGACCGUCCCAAAGCUCUUAAUGCUAUGAACUUAGAUAUGGAUUUGAAGUAUAAAAAUUAUUUGGAAGAAUGGGAAACGGAUCCUAGAGUCAAAUGUGUUCUGGCGGAGGGCAGUUCACCUCGUGCAUUCUCAGCAGGUGGUGAUGUGAAGCAGAUCAUAACUAGACGUCAAAUGUCAGAUAUAAUUGAGGUAUUUACUGCGGAAUAUUCUCUCAUAUGCAAAAUUUCUGAGUACAGGAAGCCUUAUAUUUCCUUCAUGGAUGGCAUAACCAUGGGUUUUGGAAUUGGUCUAUCUGGUCAUGGUCGCUACCGGAUUGUCACUGAGAGGACAGUGCUUUCUAUGCCAGAAAAUGGAAUUGGCUUGUUCCCAGAUGUUGGAUUUGCUCACAUAGCCGCACAGAGUCCAGGAGGAGGAUCAAUUGGUGCUUAUCUUGGGUUGACUGGAAAAAGAAUUUCUUCUCCUGCUGAUGCAUUAUACAUAGGCCUGGGGACCCAUUAUAUGCCAUCGGGAGGUUUGGGUUCGUUGAAAGAGGCUCUUCUUGCUUUAACUUUCUCUGAUGAUCCCUACAAAGAUGUAGAGGCACUACUGGCCAAAUACAGCAAGGAGCCCGAUUUGGAGGCCCAAUUGAAGUUGCUUUUACCUCAGAUAGUUUCAUCCUUUGGUGUGGAUAGGUCGGUCAUUGAGAUAAUGGGAGAGCUUGAGAAAUAUCGGCUGAGUAUGGAUGCUACAGUGGCAGAGUGGGCUAGUGAGGCACUUCUAGGGCUUGGAAAAGGGGCUCCUUUUUCUCUCUGCUUAACCCAUAAGCAUUUCUCUAGAGUCUUAUCUGCACAUGGGAGAAACAAUGAACUGUCCAAUUUAAUUGGGGUAAUGAAAGCUGAAUACCGCAUUGCUUUAAGGUCCUCGCUUCGAAAUGAUUUUGCUGAAGGUGUUCGGGCAGUUUUGAUUGACAAGGACCAGAACCCAAAGUGGAACCCUACAAGAUUGGAGGAUGUGGAUCCAAAGGAGGUAGAUGCUUUGUUUGAGCCACUGAGCCAGGAAAUUGGGGAACUGAAAGUUUGAUUUCAUAGUGGGCGAAGUUGUUGCAAUCAUUUUAUUUUAUUUUAGUGCCAAUAUCUUGUAAGAUUUACGGAGGAAACUAAAUAAAAUAAGAGUUUGGCAUGAGUAAUGCCAUUCCACGUAUAUGCAGCAUUAUGUUUUAUAACCCCGCCCCCCUUCCGACAAGAAAAAAUGCAAAUUGUAAUUAUACUAGUUGCAGAGUCCUUCCUUUAUAUGUAUGGUAGAGCAGGGUGUAGGUGCCUCAUAGACUAGGGCUUCGUUUGGUAUGCUAUGUUGGAAAUCAUACCAAAUACAACCUUAGUCUUCCACCCAUGAACUUUAACAUUUGAAUCCACUAUUUAUUUUAUGCA